GUAAAGAAAUAAACUUCACGGUGGAAGAAGGAAAGAAUGGCACUAAUCUAUUAGUAGAUUAUGUAAUGGAACAACCUCGGCUUUUAAACUUAGAAUGUAGUAAACAAGAAAUUACGGCUUUUUUAGAAGAUGGACGAAAAUUAAGUGUCCCUACUACUUGGUUUACUAGAUUACGCAAAGCCACUUUAAAACAAUUAAAAAACUACCGCAUUUUACCGGAUGCUUACCAUAUUCACUGA